CGGGGGGCGGGCAGCGCGGAGCCGCCGCCGCAGCCGCCGCAGUCGCCUCAGUCACAACCACAGCCAUGCCGGUGGACCUGGGGCAGUGGGACGGGCCGCUGAGCCUCGCCGAGGUGGAGCAGAAGCCGGCGCAGCCGCUGCGGGUCAAGUAUGGCUCCGUUGAGAUCGACGAGCUGGGCAAGGUGCUCACGCCCACUCAGGUCCAGCAUCGCCCCACCAGCAUCGAGUGGGAUGGCUGCGAUCCCCAGAAGCUUUACACCCUGGUUCUCACAGAUCCUGAUGCGCCCAGCAGGAAGGACCCAAAGUUCAGGGAGUGGCAUCACUUCUUGGUGACCAACAUGAAAGGCAACAAUGUGGGCAGCGGGACCGUGAUGUCGGAUUAUGUUGGCUCCGGGCCUCCCAAGGGAACAGGGCUGCACCGCUACGUGUGGCUGGUGUACGAGCAGCCCAAGCAGCUCUCCUGCAACGAGCCCGUCCUGUCCAACCGCUCCGGGGACAAGCGAGGCAAGUUCAAGGUGGCCGCUUUCCGCAGCAAGUACGGGCUGGGGGCGCCGGUGGCGGGCACCUGCUACCAGGCAGAGUGGGAUGACUACGUGCCCAAGCUCUACGAGCAGCUGUCGGGGAAGUAGGGUGUGCAGCACCCACGGCUCGGGCACGGCGCUGUAGUUUUGUUUGAUUAGUGAGUUGAACCCAAGCGUCCCGCUCUGACCGCUGGAGCUGUAACCCCGUCACUGUCCCUGCUCCGUGUCCGUGUGUCCAGGCCUGUGCUGACUGCCGUCGUACAGAUGAUCCUAGCUAGAGCUGCUGACAGGUGUCCCUGGAAGGGCCACUCCCUCCAAACUGAUCUGCUUAAGGGAAACAAAAGCCUUUGUUAAUUAGUGUCAAUUCAGGGUGUCUCUGCUGUCCUGGGAUGGCUUUAGAUGUCAGGGGUGUGGGUACAGCACCACUUCUGGGCUAGUGCUGGCUGUGGAGACUCCCUCUUCAGGAGAGGAGAGGACACAAGGGAAACUUUCCCUCCUCCCUCUUUUUUUUUUUUUUUUCCCCCCUCAACCUCUGGCCAGUGCCUCCCUGUCACCGCUCCUGUAGUGAAGGUGCAGCUCAAGGGGGAGGCAGGAGCUGGUCUACACCACUUCUUCUGUUCUCUGCUGCCACUCAAAGCUGAGACCACUUUGUUUUGUUCAGUCCUGUGGUGACCUGAUCUUACCGUGCUCUUUGCUCACAGUGCAAUUAAAAACUUACCAAGGUG